AUGGCGGCGUCUAAUCUCUUAAAGAAUAAAGGAUCACUUCAGUUUGAAGACAAAUGGGAUUUUAUGCGCCCAAUUGUUCUGAAGCUUUUACGCCAAGAAUCUGUUACUAAACAACAAUGGUUUGAUCUAUUUUCAGAUGUCCAUGGAGUUUGUCUGUGGGAUGAUAAAGGCCCAGCAAAAAUACAUCAGGCUUUGAAAGAAGAUAUCCUUGAUUUUAUUAAGCAAGCACAAGCGAGAGUGCUGAGCCACCAAGAUGAUACUGCAUUACUGAAAGCCUAUAUUGUAGAAUGGCGUAAAUUCUUCACACAAUGUGAUAUCUUACCCAAGCCAUUUUGUCAGUUAGAGAUUACUCUCAUGGGUAAACAAGGCAGCAAUAAAAAAUCCAAUGUAGAAGACAGUAUUGUACGGAAGCUCAUGCUAGAUACCUGGAAUGAGUCCAUAUUUUCAAACAUAAAAACCCGCCUUCAAGACAGUGCAAUGAAGUUGGUCCAUGCUGAACGUUUAGGAGAAGCAUUUGACUCUCAACUUGUCAUUGGUGUUAGAGAAUCUUAUGUUAAUCUGUGUUCCAAUCCUGAUGAUAAACUCCAGAUUUAUCGGGAUAAUUUUGAAAAAGCAUACCUAGAUUCAACAGAGAGAUUUUACAGAACUCAAGCCCCUUCGUAUUUGCAGCAAAAUGGUGUACAGAAUUAUAUGAAAUAUGCAGAUGCUAAAUUAAAAGAAGAAGAAAAAAGAGCACUACGGUAUUUAGAAACAAGGCGUGAAUGUAACUCUGUAGAAGCACUCAUGGAGUGCUGUGUGAAUGCUUUGGUGACCUCCUUUAAAGAGACAAUUUUAGCUGAAUGCCAAGGCAUGAUCAAACGCAAUGAAACGGAAAAAUUACAUUUAAUGUUUUCCUUGAUGGAUAAAGUUCCUAAUGGAAUAGAGCCUAUGUUAAAAGAUUUAGAAGAGCAUAUUGUUAAUGCUGGAUUAGCAGAUAUGGUGGCAGCUGCUGAAACUAUUACUACUGAUUCCGAAAAAUAUGUAGAACAAUUGCUUACACUGUUUAAUAGAUUUAGCAAAUUAGUUAAAGAAGCUUUUCAAGAUGACCCAAGAUUUCUUACUGCCAGAGAUAAAGCAUAUAAAGCAGUUGUUAAUGAUGCUACAAUAUUUAAACUUGAACUACCAUUGAAACAGAAGGGUGUUGGAUUGAAAACUCAGCCAGAGUCGAAGUGCCCAGAGUUACUUGCAAAUUAUUGUGAUAUGUUAUUAAGAAAAACACCACUAAGCAAAAAAUUAACCUCUGAAGAAAUUGAAGCAAAACUUAAAGAAGUGCUAUUGGUACUCAAGUAUGUACAGAACAAAGAUGUUUUUAUGAGAUACCACAAAGCUCAUUUAACAAGGCGUCUUAUAUUGGAUAUAUCAGCAGACAGCGAAAUAGAAGAGAACAUGGUUGAAUGGCUGCGAGAAGUAGGUAUGCCAGCAGAUUAUGUAAAUAAAUUGGCAAGGAUGUUUCAGGAUAUUAAGGUGUCUGAAGAUCUUAACCAGGCCUUCAAGGAAAUGCACAAAAAUAAUAAAUUGGCCCUCCCAGCUGAUUCUGUGAAUAUUAAAAUUUUAAAUGCUGGGGCUUGGUCCAGAAGUUCUGAAAAAGUUUUUGUAUCACUGCCAACGGAAUUAGAAGACCUUAUCCCUGAGGUUGAAGAGUUUUACAAAAAGAACCACAGUGGCAGGAAGCUUCAUUGGCAUCAUUUAAUGUCCAAUGGAAUUAUAACUUUCAAGAAUGAAGUUGGCCAGUAUGACUUGGAGGUUACUACGUUUCAAUUGGCUGUGCUUUUUGCAUGGAAUCAAAGACCCCGAGAAAAAAUUAGCUUUGAAAACCUCAAACUAGCGACCGAACUUCCAGAUGCUGAGCUUAGGAGAACUUUGUGGUCUCUUGUAGCAUUUCCGAAGUUGAAACGUCAGGUUUUGCUGUAUGAACCUCAAGUCAAUUCACCCAAAGACUUUACAGAGGGAACUCUCUUCUCAGUGAACCAGGAGUUCAGCUUAAUAAAAAAUGCUAAAGUACAAAAAAGAGGUAAAAUAAACCUUAUUGGUAGAUUGCAGUUAACAACAGAGAGAAUGCGAGAAGAAGAGAAUGAAGGGAUAGUCCAGUUAAGAAUAUUACGAACCCAGGAGGCGAUCAUCCAAAUAAUGAAAAUGCGGAAGAAAAUUACUAAUGCUCAGCUUCAGACUGAAUUAGUAGAGAUAUUAAAAAAUAUGUUCUUGCCGCAGAAGAAAAUGAUAAAAGAGCAAAUUGAAUGGCUUAUAGAACACAAAUAUAUCAGAAGAGAUGAAUCUGAUAUCAAUACGUUUAUAUACAUGGCAUAGCCUAAGGAUUUACUGGAAAAUGCCAAGAAAUGUGCAUUGGGAGUGGUUUGGGCAGAAAAAAAAAUACAAGAAGACUGUGCUGUAAAAGGACUUGACCUGCAUUACUUAAAUUCCUGCCUUACCUUACCAGAGGACUUUAUUUUGUCAGUCUCUCUCUCUUUUUUUCAGUUAGCAUGAUGGUGUUCCCCUCAUCUUGUGCACAUUUUUAACAGCAUGGUGGUUUUGUGGGGAAACCACAUUCAUGGAGAGCCCAUUGUGAGAAUGUUAGGAUUUGAUUUGCACCUGGAAGAUAACAAAUCUGGGAUUUUUAUAUUACAGAACUUGCACAAAGAAAUUUUUUCAGAUAUUCAUGCACUGAAAAACUUGUUAGUUUUCAUUUUCACAUAAAAAAGAGAGAAGCAAAUAGAUUAGAUGUAGCACUUCAUACUUUGUUUUUUGGAACAAUUGCCUAAAUAUACUAUCCUCCUUUUGAUCUCUUCCCCAUGUAUAAUAUUUGAACAACACACAAAUGUAUCACAUCUGUAGAUACAUAUUUAUCUGUUAGCUUAAACAAACGUUUCAGUAUGAAAAUUGGAUUGGAAUACUGGGAUACUAGUAAUCCUAACAGGAUAUAUUACAUAUGUCACAUAGUUUGCUUCAAUCUCCCCCCCCCCUUUAUUUUUUUAAAUAUUUACUUUAUUCAUGGAAAGAUCUGUUCGUAGUGGAAAAAUAUUAAAUGUAUUUGUUUAUACAUUUAAUACUGGCAUUCACUAUUUUAGUAUGCUUGCAGAAAUGUAAUGCAUUAAACAUAACCAGUACACAGUUCCCUCAAAAUAGUAACAUUUUGACAAUCCUUAUAUAUACCUUUCAUUAUUUAUUUGAAAAUAACUAAACUUAUGUUUUACAUGUAAUUACACUCUGGGGGGAAAAGUGGAAGAAGGCAUUUUUUUUUUUGUCCAAUUUGACCAGAUGACAGAUUGAUCAAUAGCAUAGGCUGUUGACGUACUCUACCAACAACAGUUAUACCAUAGCCCCAUAAGCUUAGUGGGAUGUAUCAAACCCACCACUAGUUGAAGGCCCUUUUCUCUUUUCCUUUAAAAGUGAAGAAACACAUACUAAGGCUGUGAAAAAAAGUUUACUAUAUAGAGGGCAAAAAGAAUACAGAAUUUCAGAUUAAAAUAAAUGCUAGUAAAGGACUCCAAGCUUGUAGCUUCUCCAAAUGAUUUCCUAUUGUGCCAUAUUGCUAGCACCUCUUUGCAAAACCAUGUUUGACAUUUUAGCAAUGCAUAUGAGUUUUCUUAUCUUUCAGUUGUUACCUUGGACUAUGGCUGAUGAUUGGUAGAAAAGUAAGAUCCAGGCAAAUGGAUUUAGCAGGCUGUAUUUUACAUAACAGACAGUACCAGGAGUAUAAUCCAGUGGAAAUGGAUAUCAGUUCAAGCUGUAAGAUUUUCUUUUUCUGAUUUCUCGACUGUACUCCCUUGUAUACAAUCUUCCCGAGUAAAUUCUUAAGCGUCCCCUCCCCCAAAUUGGAAACUGAUCUUUGAAUUCUGCCUCAAAACCUUGCACUGAUGUACACAUGCAGAUUAUAACUACCAACUGCAAUGAAUGUCCCAGGGCUAGGUUGAGAGAACCCUAACAUGAUACAGUGGAGAAUUGCAGACAUUCAUGGUUAAGAAAAAAGUAAAAAAAUGAAGACAGGGUGCUGACCUGAAGUUUCAUCUUCUGUAUUUAUGUGCAUUUUUUAUUACUUGUAGAACAGAGAUUAAUAUUUUUUAAAGUGUUCACUGCAAACUUAACAUAGGAUUGUUAAAAUUUCAAUUUGAAAAUGUUGUGAAUAAAAGUCAGAAAAAAGUUGUACAUAUUAUCCAACAUUCAAUAUAUGUUAAAGGAAAGAGAAGUAAAAUUGAUUUACCAGAAGUCUUUUGUACAUGCUACAGGAUUUCUAAAACUCUGCAUUUGAUUUGGAAAUAAAGUUAGAAAUGGGUAGAAAAAGACAAACUUUUUUUAGAAAGUAUGUACAUAUUUCUAAAAUUCUUUGGUAGAGUCCAUUUGACUUUGUUUCCUGUUACUUCGGCUAUGAAGGGAGCAGGCAUGCGGCAUUGAAUAUCCAACGAGCCCUAAACCUCAUAUUUAAUGAUGUCCAAAUGCUAGCAAUCUGAAUUCCAGAAUGAUUUCAUUUCUUAGCAGGACAAGUCUUUUAAAAGUUAAAUUUUGUGUCUGACUUCUAACUUCCUUUAGGCUUAAUGAAUAGCUCUUCAGAAUUACCUCUCUCUGCACUUCCUUUUGCCUCUUGGAAACAGAGAUAACAUGCAGUGUAAGAGAUCAUUUUUUGAAGGGAAAAUUGCUAGACACCCCAGGUAUAUAUGGAAUCAUUUUAGGAAUACUCAUGUGCCUGGAUGUUGCUAAUGGAAGACUUGUCCUUAUUUACAUUUUAAAAUUUUGAGUAUUCCUGUCUCACCUUUUAUACCCAUCUCAUUCAUAAUUUAAGUGGGUUUAAGGCCAGAAAAUAGAAUGAACAAUACGCUAUAAACAUUGUUCAAUACUUAUGCACAUUGGAAUACAUGCCAUGUGAAACAUGAUUCAAAACGCACACCAGCAAUUUUCUUACAGCUGCAGCAUCACAUUUAGCAUUUCUGCUUGGACAUUUUCAACAAGGCUAACUUUGUUAUGAAGGUAGAUAUAUAUGGCUUAAAAAUAUAUGCAGAAGUGUGAAAACUUUCACAUCUAAAAGUAAAUGAAUCAGUCAUUGCAAUAUGGCACUUUUCAAGCUGAUUUUUUUAGCUUUGGAUUUUUUUUUGUUCCCUCCAAAGACCUAGAAUAAAGAGGUGCUGCUUCUAGGGGAAAAAAAUGUUGCCACAAGCAUUGCCACUGUGGUUUGUAUUAGGUUAUAUUCUAAAUGUGAAAAAAUAUUCUAUGAAAAAUAAUGUGAGUUGCAUUGAUUUUCACUAUACUUACAAAAUGUUUUGUCACAACUAAUGAGAUUCAUACUCUAUUUUGAAGUCUUCCAUUUUUUCUUAAUCCCAUUGAUGUCUUUGUGUACUAUCUAUUCAUUUAUUGUUUUUCUUGGAGCCAUAGUGUAGUUAAAUUUAAGUUUUAGUGGUGGUUCUUUCCCGUUUUCCCGUUUUUUUAAAAAAAGAUAACAUGACCUGAGUAAUCAUAAACUUUGGAUUUUAUUUGCAUUAUGGUAUCAGUUGUGAAAGGUACACAUAUAAAAAUACAGAGGGGAGAAUUUUGAUAGGUUCAUGGACAAAUUUUGGUAUCUUGAAUGCAAAAUUAUUUUCAUGGAACUAGUUGGAAUGCUGUGUUUGUAAAUUCAAGGUUCUAUGUGUGAAAUAAAACAGUACUCAAGAGCAUUUUUGUUAAUAGACUAUAUGUAGCCUGGAGUGCAGAACAAACUUGAGUUUCCAAGGUUGUAAUAUCUAUCUACAUAUGGUAAUUUACAGUUUGAAUGUAUGCCACUACAUAUGAGAUAAUGCUGUACAAUUUUGACUGGUAGCAGUUCCUUCUUGUAUGGCAGUCUGGCUGAACUAUUUUGAUGUACUGCUUAAUUUUUGGAUUUUAUUUUUUAAGUUGUAUAAUUUAUUUUC